AUGAACCGACUAGGAAUAGCCAAUAGCGAAGAGGUCCCUCGGCUUUCUCAACCUCAAGGCCGGUCUCAUCCCCCUCCCAAGCUUUAUGUCGCCAAUUUUUCUUACCCCCGAAGCAAUGCCGCGCAUUUCUAUCCCCGGGUGCAGCCGAUGCUUUCUCCUACCCGAGAUUCCACGGCAUUCGACACUUCAAUUCCCCCCAUGGUUGAAGACCAUGGAUCGGAUUUCUCAGCCGACGAGGAGAGCCACGAUUGUGCAUCGGGCGAUCUGUUGGAUUCUUUUUGGCAACUCAAGGAACAGCUAGACAGGAAACAGGAAUACUCACCUCAGAGCGCUGUUGCUGGACACAACUGGGCCCAAGAUGAACCAGGUAUCUUUGAAGCUGAUUCACCCGUUCUCCCUGUGACGGCAGUCGGUCCGCCAAAGCAGCAGGAGCAGCUUCUGCAAAGGACUAUGCCACGGCCUGAGCAACGGCCACAACUCCUCAAGGCGGCACCAAAAGUGACCUAUUCUCUGUUUCCACCAACGAAGCCGGAACCGCAAAUCAAGAGACAGCCGCUGUCGCCUGUACCUCAGCGUCAGCCUGCUUCCCUCCCUCAAGCCGAAGCUCUGGAACCCUCGCCAAUUCUGAGCGGUACCUCAGCAGUCCCUUUCUCGGGGAAGGUAGCCUUCGCGCCCAGAGGUGACAAUAACCUUCCUCCAGCUAUUGCGCCAAUCUCUGGAUCAGAGGCUUCCUCGAGGGUGACUUCGCCAAUUUCACCGCAAGAUUAUCCUCCAGCAAGCAGCUCCUCGGAUUCAUUCUCCCUGAUUCUCCAAACGAACACAUCACCACAUCAAUCACCUUCUGCUUCUCCAAUCGAUGCUACAUCUCCCAACCGUCUCGCCAGAUACUCAUCGCUUAAGAACUUGCGAACCCUCGGUCUUUCCAAGGCCAAGACACGCUCAUCUCCCUCCCUGGCACAACUUGCGAAGAGCCACAGCGAUCGACCACCACAAACCCAGGAGCCAGCCCGUCUACCUCAGGAUGCCACUCCGCUGCACUCCGAGGAUCGGAAACCGCCCCCCAUACCUCUAGUCCCUCAUCGGCCCCCUCCUACCCCACCACCGGUCUCCGUCUUCGAAACGGACUCCGACGACGGCAGUGACGAAACCUCUCGACACGCUAACAAAAGCUUUUGUCGCCGACUUGUCCAUGGCUUGGUCCAUCCUUAUCGUCACCACAACAGCCCUAACCGCAGUCAUAUCCGACACAUCAGCAGUCCCCUUCUAUUUUCUCAUAUCCGUCGGGGCAAGGUCUCCGGUCAGCCGCCACAUAAGCGGAGUGUCAGCGACGAAGGGCCAUCUGGGUUCUCUAAGGCGUUCAAGCCCCAGACCGGCCAUUUCGUGGGCGGAAAAAGUGAGACCAACAGCAGCAGUGGUGGUAGUGGGGUUCUGGCGCGAACGAUCUUUUCGUCUAUGAGAGCAAGGAAUAACAGCAGUGGAGGAGUGGUCAGUGCUGGUACUGGUGCUGGCAGUAGUGUUGACAGCGAUGUUGGUAGCGGCGAGCAGCAAACGCCACUGGGGAGACGUGCAAUGAGCAUGGAUUUACCAAGGAGAAUGGGCUCGGAUGAUAAUCUAUUGCCAGCCGAGCUUCGGGAGAUGGAAAAGGAGAGAAUGAAAGAUAAGUUCUUGGGGCGGUUCUUAAAGCGGAAGCCGUAA